AUGGAACAAGAUGGCAGGGCGACGCCCACACCCUCUCGUCUGCAUUCUCCGUCGUGCUCCUUCAAUCAGGCCGACGAGGAGAUGGUAGCAAAGCCAUUGGCUGAACGAGGCGCUGUGCUCUCGACCCAGCGAUUGAAAUUGUCGAUCCCCGCUUCCGGCGGAACAAUUGUUUGGACCAUCUGUACGUACCCUCUUUUUCUCCCUCAUCAGACUCAAUUGACACUUGUGCACCAGGGUGCAGAAAUUGUGCAGCUAAUACUAGACCACGGCAAACUUCAGUCACCAGACAUCAUUUCACGAUUGUUCAAGCCUAUACUCGCAAACAUUAAAACAUUAUACAAGCCCAUAUUCAGCGCAUAUAUUAAGCCAUCCACAUUACUCUUACAUCACUCACCCAGGGACAAACGUAUCAAAUACGAAGCAGAAGAGAAAACUAAAAUAGCGGAGACCGCGGAGGCGCGGCUGAAACGGGAGGAGGAAGAAGCAGAGAGCGUGGGCUUGAAGCGGAAGCCGGAAGAUCUGAUCAGCCAUCGGUCAUCCAAGGAUGACGUCUACUUUCGGGUGAAUUUUGACAAAUUCAAUACCCAUAUCCGCAACAAACUCAUCGAGAUGGCUGUAGGAGAGCGUUUUAAUCAAAAUGCUGCUCUUGUCAUCGGAGACAGACAAAAGAAUCCUACAUCAACUGCUGCAAUUACCAUGCUUAUUUCUGCUGACGAUGACCUUUUGACAGGUCUCGUCUCGUCAACCAAAAAAGCCUCAAGGGCUUCACUUGUCAAGGAUAAUCUUGGUCUAAUGUCCGCCGUAGACAAUCCAACGCCAGCUGGUAAAGCGGCGUCGUUCAUAAGUCUAGCCGACAACAUAGUACAUGUUGAAUUUGAAAUAGUUAGCAAAUGCCUGCGAAGGCGUGUGCCGAAGGCAGUGGCUCGGGAACGACACGGAGACGUCGGCGUUAGAAUAGUGCGUCUACUCCUCGAUAUUGGAAAGAUGGAUGACAAGCAGAUAGCAAAGGUGGCCAAGAUGCCAAAUAACGUUGUCCGGCCACUUCUUGGCACUGUACCCAGAAGCGCCGAUCGUAAUCCCACGCGGACAUUUUAUCUAUGGCACGUCGAUCUACCAAAAGCAUAUUCUGUGCUGUUGGGACACCUGUACAAGACGCUGUAUAAUAUAGGUCCAAUCUCAAACAUUCUACGUCGCAGACGGUCAGCCGGCACCUCUGGCUCUGCCAUCAACUUCGUUCAACUACUUUAUCGAUUCGAUUAUCAAUUGUGGACCUUGACUUGA